GCGCAAGGUUUGCAAGUUUUCCAAAAAAAAUUGUUGACCUUGGUUCUUCAUCACCCGAAUUGAGCUGCUUUCUCGCUUCUACUUAAUCUUUAAAAUGAUAUGGCAGACUUAGAAGAGGCCUCUUGUGUGAACUUCACUGUUUUCAUCGUCCAAUUAUCUUUUUAUUCUGUCAUUUGAGUUGGCUACUUGAAGGUUCGGUAUUUUAAGGCGAUUCUCUCGCCUUGUUCUUUGUUUUCAUCUUACGGUAUUCAAGAUAAUGAAGCGUUUUCAUUCUGUCCUCUGAGGAAGUUUUGUUUCUUUGAUGGUUAGUAAAGGACUUGAACGAUUUUGACGUCUUUUUGUUGAUAACUCUAGUAUUUUCUCUUCACUUGUUCUGUGUAAAUCUAUAUUGCAUCGUUAUCCUUGAGGAGACUGCGGAGUCACUGCACCCUUGGAUCUAGUAUAUUCUCGAAUUUAAGUACUGUCAGCUCAGUUCCUGCGCCCCAAAAACAUAAUUUAUAAAUAAUCCCACCCAGCGCAGCCCAAAAAAGAAUAGAAGUCUGCCCAAAGCGCUUGGAUGUCUAUGUGUCUAUGUAAGGUCGUGUAUAUGAAUGGCCUUUGCUGCCUUUUAUGUGUAUUGUUUUGCAGUCGUCAGUUUCUAAUGCAUCAUGAUAGUUGAUAUUGGAGUUCGUCCAUGAUUGUGGCGGGCAACCCAUUUCCUUGUCAAUUUGUUUUCGCAGUGAAAGAAAAACUGACAUACUUGUUUCACAGAUGGGACAUGUUGAUGGUUAUAAUCCACAGAAUGUUAGGAAAGAUUCAGUCUUUGCUUGGACGGAUGUGUAUGAGAAGCAAAGUUAGGCUCUGAGUGAAAAGUGGAAGCAUUCUUUUUUUCCCUGCUGUGUCCCCUGCAUUUAUGAUUGCCGAGCUAUAUGCAUUAUCAAGAUAGCUCAAAGGAUAAAGACUUGCCUAGUACUUCGUUGGACCAACAUGAAGGAAUGGAUAUGGACUUAGGUGAACGUAAAUACAAAAGGUUCAUUUGUGGCGAGGAAGCUCUGAAAAUAUCACCCACAGAGCCUUACUGCUUGCGCCAUCCUAUCCGAAGAGGUCAUUUUAGCAUUUCACAAGAUUAUCCUAUGCAGCAGGUAUAUGAGGAUUUGCAUACUAUCUGGGACUGGAUAUUGGUGGAGAAAUUGCAUAUACCCCAAUCGGAAAGGUAUAUGUAUUCUGCUACUCUUGUGGUGCCAGAGACAUUUGACAAUCGUGAUAGUAGGAAUUCUUGAUAUUGGCUGAGAUGCUUGGAUACAUCGUAUGGACUGGUUUCAGGAUGGAAUCCAUGCCGGUAGCAGCAGAAAGUACAAGGACUCUUACUAUAUGUCCAAGCACAAAAAGCAACAUGUUAAAUAAAUUCUUGAAAGGUAAAAACAAUUGGCGCUCAUGGCUACUCCCAAUUAAACUGGUCAGCCGACUUGCUCUCAUUAUGGCUUGAGGGAUAUUCUAAGUUAAUGUGAGCAUUUCGCUACUUGAUGUUGGAAACUGCACUUGAAGACAUUGAUUACUGAUCCAGAUGGGUCUAAAUACAACUUAUGUGUUUACCAGGCUGCACCAGAUGUUGAAGUUUUAUAUAUCAU